CCCCACACCUUUUGCAGAGCCAUUUAUUAACUGGCUGGACCUCCAGGGCCUAGUACUCAUCUCUGACAUAGACUGUCCCACACAUGAAAGGGGUAACGUGUUAGACCUCAGUUUUGCCUCAAGCCCUCUGGCACUUGCGGGAGCUAAAUCUAGCAUAGCGAGCCACUUAGAUGCAACCUCAGACCAUCAACCACUAAUCACUACUGUACCAUGGGAUCAGAGGUACAAGGAAACAGCUCAGAAACUGAGAUUUAACAUACUAGACCACACCUGCUUCCUCUCGCUCCUCGCCUCUAAUCUUGCUAGUAUCGAGUGCUCAACCAUGACAGAAGAAGAUCUUGAUGCCCUCGCUGAAAAACUAACAUCUGCAAUUCAAGGAGCAUAUAGAGGCUCUGCCAAGAGAACCCUGACACAAGACUGCAAGAAAGCUUUACACAAUUACCGCUUAGGCCUCUACUCAAAGACAGACUUCCGCAGGAUAACUAGAUGGUCUCAACGACAAUUUUGGCGAGAUAAGCUCUCUACGGUAAUACAAAUGAAGGAUGUCUUUGAUAUGAGCACCUUCCAAAGCCCUCCACUGAAGGAUCCACUGAGAUCCAACAGCUUCCCAGCAGUUACUAUACACGAGAAACGAGAUAUACUAGUCCAGAAUCUUCUCCAAAACUCGGCUGAGGUAGGAGACAUACCUCUGGACUCCCCAACAGUCCCUUCCACUAGUCUCUACUUCCCAGAUAUAUCGAUGCUACAAGUGGAGGAGUCAGUACUUCAGGCAGGAAACACAGCCCCUGGCGCAGAUAAAAUCCCAACCUGCAUACUCAAAGUAGCAUGGCCUCUAAUCAAAGAUAAG